AUGGAGAUCCCUGGAAUCGCGAUGACUAAGAUUGUAAAGCUUGGUACAUUCGAUCUAGCGCUUUGUAUUGGUUAUCUAUCCUCUGUACUGUUCGUGGGUCUUUUCUUUACCUAUCGAGAGCAACGGGAGCGUGAAAAGCUUCGUCUAAUACGUCUACACCAUCAAUCUUUAAUGGAUGCUGGAGCACGAGAUCUAAAGCGUUUUGAUGCCUCUCACCGCCUUAAACCCGUCAAAAAGGAUCACGUACUGGAGGAAUAUUAUCUUGGUGGACGUCGUAUGCCGUGGUAUGCACUAGCAGUGGCUGAUGUGAGCUCGUACAUUGAUAUCUCGGGUACAAUGAUCAACACGGCACUGGUGUAUGCAUUGGGUGUCAAGGGCAUGUUCAUUGAGAUCCGCGGCGGUUUGUGUCUCUUUCUAGCUUUUCAAUUGGCUUAUACAGGCAAGCUGUCACGUCGCUGCCCAGUCAAGACGAGAGGGGAGUGGAUAAAAUUCCGGUUUGGUACUUGUCUUGAUGCUGUCUUGCUUCGGACAAUGAUUGCCAUCACGUCCUUGACCAGUGGCAUUCUUGCGACCACGUACUUUGCUGUGGGUGGAGGACGAUUUUUUACGGAGUUUGUAAAACUACCAGAGUGGGGCGGACUACCAUCUGAGUUUUGGGCAGCGGCUAUAUUGAUGGCCGUGGCGAUGUUGUAUACCGUCGCGUCCGGAUUCUCAGCUGUUGUGUACACUGAUGUGUACCAGAGUGUCUUCAUCUUCAUAUCCUUCAUCGUGGUCGCGGUAAUGGGUUUUAUGGUACACCUUCCGGAUCAGUUCUCGGUAUUCCUCCCGGAAAGGACGGGCCGUGCCGAGCCCGGGUACAUUGAGGUAAACACUACACGAAGCGCGUGGGUGUCGGCUGUGCCGCCAAGCUCCUUGGGAUUACCCGACGAGGCCUCUUAUUCCAUGUACAACUCUUUCGGCCUCAUCUUGGUCUCAUAUUCAUUUAUACAAGUGAUGCGAUCGGCGUCUGGACCUGGUGGUUCUGGACUUCAAACCGUGCUUGCAACCAAGUCGGAGCGCGAUGUGCGAUCGCAGACAUUUUUGGCUAUGAUGUUCUUGAGUUUGCGCUGGGCCUUCAGUGGUGGCAUUGCCGUGAUGGGUAUCCACUAUUCAAUGCAACAUACUGGGAUGGUGAUUGACCCCGAGCGUGUGGUGCCGAUUGUGAUUGACAAGGUAUUGCCCGUCGGAGCAAAAGGGUUUGUAUUGGCAUCUCUAUUAGCUGCAGCCCUUACUACGUUCGACACAACCAUCAACAGUUCGUCGUCAUACUGGACCGUAGAUAUCUAUCAGGCCCUCAUCAACCCGGAAGCGUCUGAACGUCAAUUAUUGUGGCAAGCACGUCUAUCAUCGGUUUUCGUGAUGCUGGCUGGUCUCUUCCUUUCGCUGGACGUAAGCACUAUCAACCGUAUUUGGGGCUUUAUGACUAUCGCUAUGGCGGGUGGCCUCAUUUGGCCCUUCUUCUUUUCAUGGUAUUGGGCCCGCUUUAAUGCGUCCAGCUGUCUACUAGGGGUCGCUACGGGUUAUGUCACUGCGAUUGCUGUGUUCAUCUUCGCGCCUUUGCUUGAAGAAUUCCAGGCUUUUGUUAUCACCUCGUCGGUUUCUGGGAUCACCUCCGUUGUUGUCUGCUUAUUGACGCGACCGAAAUCUGAUAAGCUACUUCGGCGGUUCUAUCGUUAUGCUCGUCCACCGGGUGCCUGGCACAAGAUCAAGGACAUUUGCUUCACGCAGGAGGUGAUUUCUGAAAUUGAUGCAGAAAAUUAUGCCGAUUUGGCAUGCACGGGGCUGAUUGUCAUUGCUCAAUUGGCACUCUAUGUUUUGGCAGUGAGUGUUGUGGCGAAGGCGUGGACCCAGAGCCUUGUCCUCACGAUGGUUUUGGUCGUUAUGCUGCCGCUCAUUUAUUUGAAGUGGUACGUGAAGCUCAAAGAUCGCCCUGUUGGUUUUCACAAGGAGGAAUCGAACGUGUCACUAUUGGACUCUGCUUGA